AGUUGCUGUACCAACCACGGGAAUAUACAGUGUCAUCCACAAGUUGAAAUAUCUUCAAAAUUGAAACUGAACGGAUAUUUUUAGAUUAAAGUUUAAAAAAAAUUUUAGUUUUCAUAAGAAAUGGAAGAUUUAAACUUAGAAGAAAAUGAUACUGAAAGACAAUCCGUUCGAGAGAAAUUAUCCACCAUGAGUUUUGAAGAGCUUAUCAAACUCAAAGAAGAGAUUGGCGCAAAGGAGUACAAUAAUAUUGUAUUACCGCCAAAUGAAAAAUCGAAAGCCCCACGUUCAUUCAAAAGAGAAAAUAAAAAUCGCCCGCGUGAGAGAAGUUCGAAGAUACCUGUUAGUCGCCUACAAAUGGAAAACACCAAAAAACCCAACUCCAGGGAUCCAAGAUUUGAUCCACUGUGUGGAAAUUACGAUGAAAAGAUCUUUAGGACAAAUUACAAAUUUGUCAAAGACAUUCGGAUGAAAGAACGCGAACAACUAGCAAAAGAGCUUAAAAAAGAAAAGGAUCCCGAUAAGAAACAUAAAAUUAAGCUACUGAUACAAAGAAUGGAUAAUCAAAAUCGUGAGUAUGACAAACGUGACAAGCAAAGAGAAACUCAAGAGGGAGAGCGUAAAGUAAUAAGACAAACCUUAAGAAAAGGACAAAAACCAGUCUUUAAAAAGAAAUCUGAAAAACGAUUGGAAAACCUAAUUAGUAAAUAUGAGGAUUUAAAAAGUACAAAUAAGUUACAAAAACACAUGGAGAAACGUUACAAAAAAUUGGCACAAAAAGAAAGAAAAAAUAAAUAGUCUUAAUUUAAA